UCUGGAUAACAACAUAUUUUUUAGUUUUCAGUGCCAAAUGAAUCGGGUUUUUUUUUUAAUGUGAGUCAUGUGACUUGUGACUGACUGUUGCUCCUUGUGCGAACGCACCUCUUCCAGUUCAUUGACAGAAAUGGCUACCUCGGAAGUAGAGCGCCGACGAGGCCAUCUUGCUGCUCUGUCCAUAGCAGCAGUGGUCAUCAUGGUUGGAGUCCCUCUGUGGUGGCGAACAACCGAAACGUACCGCGCGUGGUUGCCUGUCAGUCAGAUACAGGAGCUGUCAAAGCUGCAGCUACAGUUGAGUGCUGAUGUGGAGGUCGUGUUUUCACGUGGCACCGUGACACCAGAACAACAGAAGAAGCUCCCGCUGACACAGACGCAGGAUGAGGAGCACAGAGUUGAUGAGGACACAGCUUUGAGUUACAGGUAUGAGACGAGGUACCGCACAGCUACAGUCAUGGAGGAGGAUGCCCUGAACCAGCCGACUGCUGCAGAGGCAGAUCUGUCUCUGCACACACUCAGCGAGAGUCCAUGUGGUUCUUUGGUCGUGUAUGUGAUACCAGAGUCAUCUACACUGCUGCCUCAGGAUGUCGACGUGUAUAUCGGUCGAAGACGGACGGCCUUUCUUCGUAUUGGUGCCAAGAUGAGAGUGGGCAGGACUCUAGAACAGCUGCUUGCUCAUAUGGAGCCACGAGUUAAGCAGGUGCUGCAGGUGAUGUCAUUUAGCCACACUGACAUCACCGCUGCCCUCAGCGACAGAGUCCGUCUCAGCCCUGGCAACAAGGAGAGCAUCGCUGACAGUAUGAGAGCCUUUAAAUCCAGCCCGGGUUAUGAAAUAACAUUCAGUCUGUUAAACCCAGACCCAAAGUCUCACCGGCUACACUGGGACAUUGAGGGUGCCGCGCAGACCUACAUCCAACCUUUACUCACAAAACUGGCCCCUGUGGCCAAUUUCAGCAUGGACUCCCAGACCUUGUACUAUGCCGUGCUGGGUGUCAGCCCUCGCUUUGACAGCAGCCGCAGCACCUACACACUCAACGCUGACAGCCUGGCACAUGUCAUCAACCCCGUGGAGGCUCGACUCGGCUCUAAUGCUGCAUCCUCGAACCCGGUGUUGAAUUUUCUCCUGUAUGUCCCGGAUGCCCAUCAUUCACCCCUUUACAUCCAUGACCGCAAGAAACAAGAAGUUCCAUCUAAUGCUUUUCACUCUCCGCGUUGGGGUGGAAUCAUGGUUUAUAAUGUUAAUGAUUUCUAUGGACCGGAGGCCGUUUUCCCUGUUGACAUCAACAUCGACAUGGCUAAAGUUAUGGGAGUCUUCCUCGCUCAGCUUCGGCUGCUGCUGGGUGUACAGUCGUCCUCUGCUCCCCCCGGCUUCCUGGUCGCACCGUGCGGCACUGCAGGACUUGCUGACUGGGAGCUGGAUCGCCUCAUGUGGAGUCGGAGUGUGGAAAAUGUGGCAACAGCAACCACCACCAUCACCUCACUGGCACAGCUGCUGGACCAGAUAGGCAAUAUCGUAAUUAAUGACAACAUCGCCGAACAGGUGUCCAGUGCCGUCACGUCUCUGCAGCUGGCUGUGGCUGAGCUGGAGUCCGGGAACCUCGGCUUUGCUCUGCAGUACAGUAAAGAGGCCAUCUUGGCAUCAGAGAGAGCAUUCUUCGACCCUUCGCUCCUCCACCUCCUCUACUUCCCUGAUGACCAGAAGUUUGCCAUCUACAUACCGCUCUUCCUGCCCAUGUGUGUGCCUAUUCUGCUGUCGCUUCUCAAAAUCAUAUCUGACGCUAGGCAGAAACGCAGAGAUAAACAAGCCAAGAAGGACUGAGAAACACAAAUGAGCAUAAGGCCUAAACAAGAAACACAUUAUACACACACUGUUUUGAGAGUGGCCUUGACAUUUAGGUACAAAGGAAGCACGAAAAACGGCUUGUCUGCAGCAUUGAGGUGUUGGGUUCACGAAUCAGUGUGUAUGAUUUCAUGUGAGGGAGAUUGUGUUUAUCUUGAGAUUUUAAUGAAAGACGAAUGUGGGUGUCAGACACUGUACUGUUGAAAGCUUGAAUUGCUGUAAAAAAUGUGUAAAAGUUUUAUAUUUGAAUUCCACUCUAAGUUAUUAACAAAUAAAAUUGCAACUCGUUUUUGUAUCAUUUUACUUUCUGUUUGGCCUGAUUGGCCUCUUGGGAUAGCAAGAGCAUAAGAAUACUAGAAAUAUAUAAAUGGGAAAGACUUCUUUCCAAAGAAACUUAAGCCAAUUUUGUCCAAGUCGUGUGUGCAGUGUUUGUGUCCGUGGUGUUUUAAUGAAGUUGUUCAGUGUUUUUUGAUUGCUUCUGUUAUGUAACAAAUAAAAGCACUGAAAAUGUC